UGCGUCGAUAUUUGCCUUUUCAGACUGAUUGGCAUAUCCACGCACAAGAUAGAUGCACAAAUAAAAUAUAAUCUCCGCCGUUAUACAGCUGACCCAGAACGGGAACCGAGAGCCCGCCUUAUAUAAGACAAAAGACAGACGAGACACACACGACAGAACCCGGACAGCUUAUCCACCUCAAGGGCGGAAAUCCAAAAGAAAAUCUCCAUAUCAACACCAUCCUCCGCCGACGUCUUAAUCCUCUGAGCCUCGUUACAUCCUCGUCCCGGCUUCUGGGUUCAUCGUCCGCUUUCCGAGAGCGGCUGGCAUUUGCUUGCCUCUCAUGCGCUCCUCACCACGACAGCGACAGCGGCAGCGGUAGUAUCUCGCUUCUCGUCCUUGUCCUCCUCCCCACCCCCAGCCAGCUACCAUGUCUCUCACCUGCGGGCUCUUUCGCCGUCGUUCCAAGACGGACGAGAAGAAGCCGCGGCGGACCCGCACCAUUUCCAUCUUCGAUCCGAGUCUCGAUGCCCUCAAGCGAAUGAUUAAGAACGCCACCAUGAUCUCCCCGAUAAGGCUUGGCGAUGGCGACCCGACCCUUUCCCGCCGCAACACAUUGACACGCGAGCAUUCCAUGACGCCCGAAAUGAUUGCCAUCCUAGAGAGAGUAUACGACGACCUACGAAGCGACGAGCCUGAGCUAUCGAAAGAAGCAUUCAUCAAAUUCAUCAUGGACACCCAGGGCGAAACCAUGGUCCAGCUGGAUAAGGAUCAAUACACCCUGGGACAGUUUCUCUACGUCUUGGCACACGAAUAUCGCUGGGAAGCCAUCCGGAAGCCAUCACAAAAGGAUUACUCGAAACCCAUCACAAACUACUUCAUCAACAGCAGUCAUAAUACUUACAUCAGCGGCAACCAAUUGGCUUCAAAGACUUCUCCAGAGGCGUACAUGAAUGUCCUAAAGAAGGGCGGUCGUUGUAUCGAAAUCGACGUCUGGAAUGGUGACGAUAUUCCGGUCGGCGGCGAAUCCAAAUCCCCAUCUGGCAACGGUCAUUCGAGGGCCAUUUCUGGCAUAUCCGGCAGCUCUCUCCCCUACGCGGCCGCUGCCGUCUUCGAGAAAAUGGAAGACAAGCUCGAAGCCGCCAAGGACACUGCCAAAGGCUAUCUCGGAAACUCAAGUGGCGGACGCUCAAGAAGCACCAGCACCAACAGCAGAACCAUGACCGACGACACAUCAUCCAGCUCCAGCAACGUAUACCUUGCCCCGGUGGCCAACGUCUCCAGCGAUAAGUUGGAGAUCCCCCGCCUCUCGAGGACUCGAUCAUCUCUUCCCCGAGGAGAGCCCAUCGUCACCCACGGAUGGACCUUUACGACUCCCUGUGGAUUUCGCGAGGUGUGCGAAACGAUCCGAGACCAUGCCUUUGCGCAUGGUAAUGACCUGCCCAUCAUUAUUAGCUUGGAAGUCCACGCGGACCACAACCAGCAAGAGGUCAUGGCGACAAUCAUGAAGGAGGUCUGGGGACCGAUGCUUGUCCAGCAGCCUUAUGAGGGCUGCGAUCCCAAGUUUAGAGUGCCCACGUUGGACGACCUUCGGGGCAAAAUCAUGGUCAAAGUCAAGCGCGCAUUCCCGAAGAUCAAUGGCCCACAAGACGUCACUGCUUCCUUGCCCGUUUUGCAGACAGAAGACGACGGCUCGACCUCGGACGAUGAGCACGCCCCUCGUCUCCGAGCAGCCGCUUCUUCCCCCGCCGGGGCCCUCCCUCAGCAGGAUGAGAACGGCAAGGUGACGAUAUGCAAGCCCUUGAGCGACCUCGCCGUCUACACCCGCAGCGAGCGGUUCAAGAGCCUCAGCACCCCUCAGGCGAAGCAGCCCACCCACAUCUUCUCCAUCAGCGAGGACAGAAUCUUGGAGCUGCAUGAGAAGUUCCCGCGCGAGGUCUUCACCCAUAACAAGAACUUCUUUAUGAGGGCCUUCCCGGCCGGACGAAGGAUCAACAGCUCCAACCCGGACCCGAGCCUCUUUUGGCGAAGAGGCGUGCAGAUGGUGGCCAUGAACUGGCAGAACAUGGACGAGGGCAUGAUGCUCAACGAGGCCAUGUUCGCCGGCGAGGACGGCUGGGUCCUCAAGCCCGCGGCGUACCAGGGCGCCGACAAGGCCAGCGUCACUCUCGACCACGCCGCCAAGCACACCCUCGACCUCUCCAUCACCUUCUUCGCAGGCCACAACAUUCCGCUCGAGGAUGGCGAAGAAGACACUUCGCGCAGCAGGAGCAAUCUCCGUCCCGUCGUCAAGGCCGAGUUGCACAUUGGCGAGGACGACAAGGACGGCCACGAGCACUCUUACAAGCAGCACACAAAGACGGCCAAGUCAUCCAACCCCAUAUUCAUGUCCAGCUCGCAGCACAAGGACGCAGGCGACAAGUUGCAGUUUCUCAACAUUCCCAAGGUGGUGGAGGAGUUGAGCUUCAUCCGACUCAAAAUUGAGGACAACUCGCACACCGUUAGUUCACCGUGUCUCGCCUGGGCAUGCAUCCGCCUUGACCGGCUGCAACGAGGGUACCGCUUCAUCCGCCUCUUCGACAUGAAGGGCAACGAAAUCCUUGGCGGCAAGCUGCUUGUCAAGGUCGAAAAGGUGUUACGGUGAAAUGGGCGGUAAGAUGACGCCAGCACCCAGCACCACCAUCCCCUUUUCUUUCUUUUUCUUUUUCUUUUCCUUUUUUCCCCAUUGGAGGAAAACGUCUACA